UCGGACUUGUACGGAGUGCCUGCGCCAUGUCUAUUCUACUGUUCACUAGUGCGCAUUUACGCGUUAUGGUAUAUUGUAUAUUCACCUGUGAGUGAGGAAUACGUUUCGAUGGCUAUUACAAACUUUUCACAUGCUUUUUAAUUAUCACCAGCUAAAAUAACUCGGGUUGGUAUUCUAGCACGGACGGGAAGAGGUGAACUUUUAUAACUUACGAACUGCCAAUGAGGUGCUCCUUAAACAUUGAAGUUCAUCCACUCUUGAUUGGUGACAACUAUUCCUCGGUGGUGAAGACGCAAGCUUUCCCUGUUGCCACUGACCUCCCUCCAAAUUGAAAGAAAUUAUCACGGCUUUUGUCUACAAUCAAGCGCAAGAAACAAAAGCACCAACAAAUAGAGCUUCACUCUUUCUCUUUUCUCCAAUUUAAGUAUUCUGAUCUACAGGGAUCUAUUUUAUUUAUCUUUUUUAUUUGUAUUUUUGUUGAAGCAACAGGUCAGGAGGACAGUGGGGAUCAGGCUUUGAAGGGACUGACAUUUUCUUCUGUGCUGUGUGAUUUCUUCCUCCCUCCUGGGGUUGGUGCUUUUAGAAAGGGGUCUAAACGAGGUUGUGUGACUCAGGAACCAUGUGGAGAGCAGGACCUAUCCUGGCUCUGCUGCUUCCCCUUUGGGAGCAGGGUUGCUGGAGUUUGAUUUCUGUUUCUGGGGCUUUUGUGUCCUCUGGGGCCCAGAACCAGGCUCCACACAGUGCAGAAGGCCCCUCGGAGCUGCUUCGCAGACACAAACGCAGCUGGGUAUGGAACCAAUUCUUUGUCCUGGAGGAGUACACGGGUGAAGAACCGCUUUAUGUUGGCAAGCUCCACUCAGACAUGGACAAAGGGGACGGCAAGGUGAAGUACGUGCUCUCCGGGCAGGGUGCCACCUCGAUUUUUACCAUUGAUGAGAGCACAGGGGACAUCCAUGCCACCAAGCGUCUGGACCGGGAGGAGCAAGCCUACUAUACCCUGCAGGCUCGGGCUGUGGACCGAAAAACUGAAAUCCCUGUGGAGCCCAUUUCAGAGUUUGUAGUCAAGGUCCAGGACAUCAAUGACAAUGAGCCCAAGUUCAUGGAUGGGCCCUACAUGGCUGGGGUGCCAGAGAUGUCAGCACUGGGAACAACAGUGGUCCAAGUGGCAGCCACAGACGCAGAUGACCCCACUUAUGGGAACAGUGCCAGAGUGGUCUACAGCAUCAUCAGUGGACAGCCUUAUUUCUCUGUGGACCCAAAAACAGGCGUUAUCCGGACGGCGCUCCCCAACAUGGACCGGGAGAUGAAGGACCAGUAUGUGUUGGUCAUCCAGGCCAAAGACAUGGUGGGCCAGAUGGGAGGCCUCUCCGGCACCACCUCUGUCACGGUCACUCUCACCGACGUCAACGACAACCCACCUCGCUUCUCCCGUAAGAACUAUCAGUACACAGUGCUGGAGUCCUUGCCUGUGGCAUCCGUAGUUGCCAGGGUCAAGGCUGCUGAUGCUGACAUAGGCUCCAAUGCAGAGAUGGAGUAUCAGAUCAUGGAGGAUGGGCCUGGGGUGUUCAACAUCACUACAGACGAGGACACACAGGAGGGUGUUAUCAUCCUUCAAAAGCCAUUAGACUUUGAGACCAAGAACAGCUACAACCUACGAAUUGAAGCCACCAAUCGGAAUAUCGACCCUGCGUUCGUGCACCUGGGUUCGUUUAGUGACACGACAUUUGUCAAGGUGACGGUGGAGGACGUGAACGAGCCUCCCGUGUUCACCACGCAACUCAGCAAGAUGGUGGUCCCUGAGGAUGCCAGUGUGGGCUCACCUAUCGGGAGGGUCUCAGCACACGACCCUGACUCCUCCAACAGUCCCGUCAGGUAUUCCAUAGACAGAAACACAGACCUGGAGCGUUUCUUCAACGUGGAUGCUCUGAGUGGGUUCAUCAGCACUGCAAAACCCCUGGACCGUGAAGUCAAUUCUGUCCACAACCUCACCAUCCUUGCCAUGGAGAGCCAGGAUCCAACCCAGAUUGGAAAAGGUUUUGCGGCCAUCACAGUGCUGGACAUCAAUGACAACGCUCCAGUGUUUGCCAUUGAGUAUGAGACCCUCUUGUGUGAGAAUGCAGCUCCUGGACAGGUCAUCCAGACCAUUAGUGCUGUGGACAAGGAUGAGCCUCCAAGUGGUCACCAGUUCUACUUUGCGCUGCCUGCAUCUGUGGCUGGCAACUCCAACUUUACUCUAAGAGACAACAAAGACAACACUGCAUCCAUCGUAACAAAACGUGGAGGGUUCCGGAGACGGGAGCAGGUCUUGUACCGGCUGCCCGUUUUGAUUGUAGACAGUGGAAGCCCCGCCCUCAGUAGCACCAACACCCUAUCGGUGAGCGUGUGUGACUGUGACUCGGAUGGCGUGGCCCAAUCGUGUGGAGCAGUGGCGUACACCCUUCCUGCAGGGCUUAGUACUGGGGCCUUAGUCGCCAUUCUCGGCUGCAUCAUUACACUUCUGGUGAUGGUGCUGCUAAUAGUGUCAAUGCAUCGGAGGAAGAAGGAGCCGUUGAUCCUGGAGGAGGAGAGAGAUGUGAGGGAGAACAUUGUCCGCUAUGAUGACGAGGGCGGAGGCGAGGAGGAUACAGAGGCCUUUGACAUGGUGGCCCUUCGCAACCUCAACAUCAUAAGAGACCCCAAAGUUCGACGUGACGUUACCCCUGACACCCCAACCUUCUUCCCUUACCCUACGUCCUCAUCCUCGCGGCCGGUCUACAAGACCCUGCCGGACAACGUGGUGUUCCGAGAAUUCAUCUGGGACCGGCUGAAGGAUGCAGAUGUUGAUCCAUCAGCUCCGCCAUACGACUCUUUGCAGACGUAUGCUUUCGAGGGGAGUGGCUCCGUAGCCGAGUCGUUAAGCUCUCUGGAGUCACUAAGUACAGACUCAGAGCAGAACUACGACUAUCUGAGCAAUUGGGGGCCACGUUUUAAAAAGCUAGCUGACCUCUAUGGGAACAGUGAUGGCAACAGUGUGUUUUCAUAGCUGAAACUUCCCUGAACUUAGACGAAAAUCCACAAUAGUUGUUUAUGAUAAAAAAAAAA